GUGUAAUCAGUCGCUAGUUCAUGCUUGUGGUUGUAAGGAUGCCAACUGCAGUUUGCCUAUCUGUAAUAAAUUAAAACGUGUUGUGGCGCAUACAAGAAUGUGUAGGAGAAAGACAAACACUGGGUGUCCUAUCUGUAAGCAGCUGAUUGCAUUGUGUUGCUAUCAUGCGAAACAGUGUAAUGAACAGAAGUGUCAAGUGCCAUUUUGCCAGCAAAUCAAGCAAAGGUUGCGUCAGCAAGAGUUGCAACAGAGGCUACAUCAGGCGCAGGCAGCUAAACAGGCCCAGGAGGCCGCACAGAGACAGGCUGGCAGCACGGCUAAAGGCAAGAACAUGGGUGGAGGCACCAUUCCCCAGCAGUGGCCUCAGCCCACUCAGAAGAUACCACAGCCAGUGCCCCAGACCAAACCUCAGUCCAUCUUGCCCCAGAACAUCCAGCAGCAGCAGCAGCAAAAUUCUCCCAACAUUGGUCAGAUAAGAGCUAUGCAGCAGCCCCGAAUGCCUGUCCAGAACCAAUGCAUUGUGGGCAUGACAGAUGGUGUACCUGGCAUGAAUAGUGUCAUGAACCAGAACAGGGCUCAGCCAAUGAUUCAGAGACCGCCUAGCCAGAGGGCACCCAAUGAGGCACUGGAGCAGUUGAUGCGAACUUUGAAAUCUCCGCCAUCCCCACAGAAACAGCAGCAGGUUAUACAGAUCCUGAAAUCAAAUCCUCAGUUGAUGGCAGCUUUCAUUAAGCAGAGGAAUCUACCAGUGCAGGGAGUUGGUGGUUUGGCUCCCAGUCCGAUGCAGCCGCGGCCCAACAACCCUUAG